CGUUUCCCAUUUCCAUCUUCUUUAAACCUCGCAAAAACCACCUCCCAUGGCUGCCAUUAUACAUACAUACAAUAUAUAUAUACACACAGGGGAACUGUCCCGAAUUUGAAUUUCACGAUUAUCCAGGGGCUUCUUUGCUAUUUCUAAAAUUUCCAAAUCUAUAAAAGGGUUUUCUUCAAAAUCAUCGCGGUGGUUUAAUUUCUCGAAGACUAAAAUGGCGGUUAAUUCCACCGGCGGAUGCGACGCGCCGCCGAUGAAGGCGGCGUCGAACGGCGUUUUUCAAGGGGAUAAUCCGUUGCAUUAUGCACUUCCUCUUUUGAUCGUGCAGAUAUGUCUUGUUGUGGUUCUUACUCGUCUUCUUGCUUAUCUUUUGAGGCCGUUGAGACAACCUCGCGUCAUUGCUGAGAUUAUUGGAGGAGUUUUGCUCGGUCCAUCAGCCUUAGGGCGCAACAAGAAGUAUCUCGACGCCGUUUUCCCUGCUCGAAGCCUGACGGUUCUCGACACGCUCGCAAACCUCGGUCUUUUAUUUUUCUUAUUUCUAGUCGGCCUCGAGCUCGAUCCAAAGGCUCUAAGGCGAACGGGGAAAAGGGCUCUCAGCAUUGCACUCGGCGGGAUCAGUCUCCCGUUUGCGUUAGGAGUCGGGACGUCAGUCGUGCUCCGAUCGACGAUUUCGAAGGGCGUCGAUCAGGGCCCGUUUCUCGUGUUCAUGGGUGUGGCGCUCUCGAUCACUGCCUUCCCUGUCUUGGCGCGUAUUCUAGCCGAACUUAAGCUCCUGACGACGGAUGUCGGACAAGUCGCCAUGUCGGCUGCUGCGGUGAACGACGUCGCCGCCUGGAUUCUACUCGCUCUCGCAAUCGCGCUUUCGGGGACGGGACGAUCGCCGGUUGUGUCGCUCUGGGUGUUUUUGUCGGGUUUCGGUUUCAUCGGGUUGUGCAUCGUCGUUUGCCCCCCGAUUUUUAAAUGGAUUGCGCGACAUUGCCCUCGGGGAGAGCCCGUCGACGAGAUGUACGUGUGCGCCACGUUGGCGGCGAUCUUGGCUGCCGGGUUCGUCACCGAUACGAUCGGGAUCCAUGCGCUUUUCGGUGCUUUCGUGCUCGGGGUCCUCGUCCCGAAAGACGGUGCGUUCGCCGACGCCCUCGUCGAAAAGGUGGAGGAUCUCGUCUCGGGGUUGUUUCUCCCGUUAUACUUUGUGUCGAGUGGUUUGAAGACGAAUGUUGCGACGAUCGAAGGGGCUCGAUCUUGGGGGCUUCUCGGUCUGGUUAUAUUCACCGCGUGUUUCGGUAAGAUCGUCGGCACGGUUUUGGUUUCGAUUUGCUGCAGGGUCUCUUUCAAGGAGGCGAUCGCGCUCGGGUUCUUGAUGAACACGAAAGGCUUGGUCGAGCUCAUCGUUCUUAACAUCGGGAAAGAUCGCGGGGUUUUGAACGAUCAAACGUUUGCGAUAAUGGUCUUGAUGGCGCUAUUCACGACGUUUAUAACGACGCCGGUGGUUGUGGUGGUGUACAAGCCGGCUCGGACGGCGAAACACGAGUACAAACACCGGACGAUCCGACGGAAAGAAUCGGACACUCAGCUCCGGAUGCUGACGUGUUUCCACAGCACGGCAAAUGUCCCAACGCUGAUCAAUCUCAUGGAGGCGUCGCGCGGCACCGGAAAACGGGGCGGCCUCCGCGUCUAUGCGAUGCAUUUGAUGGAGCUCUCGGAGAGAUCGUCGGCGAUAUUGAUGGUCCACAAGGCGCGGAGGAACGGUUUGCCGUUUUGGAGCAAGGACGGGAAGAAUUCUGACACGAAUCAGAUUGUCGUCGCGUUCGAAGCCUUCGGGCGACUCAGCCGGGUCUCAAUCCGGCCGACGACCGCGAUCUCGUCGAUGUCGAGCAUGCACGAGGACAUCUGCGCCAGCGCCGAUCGAAAGAGGGCCGCGUUGAUAAUCCUCCCGUUUCACAAGCACCCGCGGCCGUUCGACGGGCACUUGGAAACGACGAGGGGCGAUUUACGGUACGUCAACAAAAAGGUCCUCGAGCACGCGCCGUGCUCCGUCGGGAUUCUAGUCGACCGGGGGCUCGGAGGAACGUUCCAUGUUUCCGCGCGCGAUGUUGACUAUACGGUGACGGUGGUUUUCAUCGGGGGACCCGACGACCGCGAGGCGCUCGCCUACGGCGCCCUCAUGGCCGAGCACACCGGGAUUCGUCUAAACGUCGCCCGUUUCGUCGUCGUCGGGAAUUUUUCUCGGCUAGACAUCGAGGACGGCGAGGAUACUCGGGAUGAAGACGAGGAGGUUUUAACCGAGUUUAAGCGGAGAAUCGCCGACGACGGAUCGAUCAAGUACGACGAGGUCGUGGUCAGGGAUACGGCGGAGAUGGUCGAGGCGAUACGCGGCUACGAUCGGUGCAACUUGUUUAUCGUCGGGAGGAUGCCGAAGAUUGAGCUUUUGACAGCUCUCGACAAGAAAAUCGAAUGCCCGGAGAUCGGACCGAUGGGGAAUUUGUUGAUUUCGCCGGAGUUUAAGACGACGGCGUCGGUGCUGAUCGUGCAGCAGUACCGGAGCCGGCCGCCGGCGGAUUUGCCGGCGGGGCUUGAGGAAGAUGAGACGACGGAUGAAGAGUAGGAAGAGUAUAUGCAUAGAUGCAGAUAUAGAUAUUACAUAAUAUGGUUGAAUUUAGUGUUUUAGUUUAAAUAUAUAAAAAUGCUACAUGUAAAUUUUAUCUUAUAAUUAACUAUGUAAUAGUAAAAUGAUACUCUUAUUUAAAUUUAAAAU